AUGCCUAUCAAGAGGCAGAAGUCGGUUCGGGUGGCCGACAUUGUCGUGCCGGACUCGCUGAUCGCGACGACACGAGGCGGCCGAGACUGGACGCCGUUUCGUCGUGACCAGGAGCUGGAGGGCCAUGGACCUAUGCAGACGGCCAUCCGACGGACGGCCAGUAAGCGUCAGAGCGUGGGACGCGGAGGAGCAGCCGGACGGCCGACGGUAAUAGCAGAAGCCACAGUCGCACCCAGACCACGGCCAUGGAGCAACAUCUUCGAGCAGCAACCGGUUCCGCAGCAGCAGAACAGCUGGAUCGGACGGCCACGCAAGACGAGUGACCCAGCCACGCUGGAAGAGGCACAGAGGGCCAGCCGGGUGUCACCGGCGCUGGCGCUGGGAGUCAGUCACUAUGGGCUCACGGAGCAAGCAGCAUCGGAGCUGACGCUGUCAGAUGCUCUGGGCACGGUACAAUUUCCGGGAUCAAGACUGGUCUUUGAAGAGGAGGUGGAGGAGAGCAGCGAGGAGGGAGAGCUAGUGGCUGAGAUGCAAAACUCUCGGAUCCGGCAGCGGAGCAGCAUAUACGAGACAUACGAGCGGGCCAAGACGCGCGGCGUCGAGCUGGAUCGCAAGCCAUGGAUGCGCGUGCUGUUUGAAUAUGCCGUCUACACGACGCUGCUGGCGUUUGUGUACUUUGUGCUCGUGGGGUUGCCGUUGUGGCGUGGCGCCGUCUACUGGUUGUACUGGGUGUUUGCCAAUAAGCUGACGCCGGUCUGGGGCUGGUCCAUCACGAUGGGCGUAGCCUUUUUCUUGGCCUUUGCGCCGCUGCUGAUCUUCUAUGAGGAGGAGGCGAUGAUCAAAGAUGCAGACGGGCGCCGAAGCACCGAAAGCACCGAAAGUGCCGAAAGUGCCGUCACCAGCCACACCAGCCACACCAUCGCGCCGGCCUUCCGUCCCGGCGUUAGCGACACGGCGCUGCUGAUCCCGUGUUACAAGUCGGCGAGGAUCAUCGGGCCAACGCUGCAGGCGGCGCUGCGCAUCUUUCCACCAUCGCACAUCUUUGUGAUUGCCAACGGCAAUGCGCCGGCGCCGCUGGACGACACCGAGGCUGUGUGCCGGCCGUACGGCGUGAACCACAUCUGGUCGCCGGUCGGGUCCAAGAUUGUGGCGCAGUUUGUGGGCUGUCACGCUGCCCGGGGCUUCCGCAACGUGCUGCUGAUCGACGACGACUGUGCGCUGCCACCGAGCUUCCCGGUCGUGUCCGAGCGGCUGACCGGUCGCGUGCAGUGCGUCGGCUACACGAUCAAGAGCGUCGGUCGGGCCGAUGUCGGCUCCGGCUCCGGUCCCGAUCCCGGCACCUGGUGUCAGCAGGCCCAGGACCUCGAGUACAAGAUCUCGGGCUUACAGCGCGCGUUCGCUGGCCGCAUCGGCAGUGCCACAUUUCCGCACGGCGCCAUAUCGCUCUGGGAUCGCCGCUUUCUCAUCCGCACGUUUCAUGACCAUCCCGGCUUCUCCGUGUCCGAGGACUGGUUCUUCGGCCACAGCUGCCGCCGUCUCGGCGGUCGCAUCACCAUGUGCACUGCCGUCUUUGUCCAGACUGAGACGCCUGCGGCCGUGUUCUAUAGCGCGCCGGCCGCCAGCCGCGGCGGCUUUGGCGAGAUGACCGUCUUCCGCCAGCGCUUCUCUCGCUGGAACUUCUUCUUUGUCAACGGCAUGUGGUACAACCUCGGUUACGUCCUCACCAGCUGGCGGCUUGGCUGGUGGGAGCUCGGCGCCAAGCUGUUCGUCCUCCAGGAGGUCUAUGAGACUCUGCUCUACCUGCUCGCCCCCUUUGUCCUGCCCAUCUCCUUUGUGGUCCAGCCGGCCUUCAGCGCCUACCUCUUCGCUGCCACCCUCGUCCUCUACUACAUCAACAUUAUCAUCUUCAACCUCGUCCAUCUGCGCAGACGCAAUGAAAGCGUCAGCUGGACAGUCUGCCUCGUCUACUACAUGCCCUACAAAAUGGCCCUCUCCGCCAUCAACGUCGCUAGCUGCUACUGGUCUCUCUUCAAGUAUGCCCGCUACUUUGCCCGGCGCCAUCCAAAGGUCGUCGAGGACGAAAAGGCCGUCGAGGUUGUCCUGCGCCUCGAAGAGACCACCCCCGCCCUCUUCCGCACCACCAGCAUCCACGACUCUGACGACGACAGCGAUAAUCUCAAGAAUGGCCGUCGCAUGACUGCUAUCACGGCCGUCCAUCCCCGCGCCCAGGAGCCCAUCCUCGGGCAUCACAUUCGCGACUUGUCGUCGUCAGAUUCAUCCGAUACCGUCAUCACCAUCGGCGAGGACAGCAACAACACCAAUAUUACUGCCCAGCCAUGCUUCUGGCCACAGGCCCAACGAGCUGUGCAUAUCAGAGAUCCGGAAAUGGUUCAAAGGCCGGGCAGUCUUCUUCGCAAAACCAGCUGGUCCCAGAGCAUGGUCUAA